AUGCCCUUUUACAGGCGCACCGUGGUGCCCCAGCGCCUGUGCCCACGCAACCCGCCUCAUCCGCUGACGGAGCUCCACGACGUGAGCCACCUGGCCGCACUUAGCUUGCUCCGGCAACUCGCAGACCUCUGCGGCCACUCGGUGGCUUUGCUCGAGAACCUCGAGGGGCACCUGCUGGUCCUGGGGCGCCGCACCGACAGCCUGUGCCAACGAACCGUGCGCCUCCGCCGCCGUCUCCCCUGCCGCCUGCUCGCCCCGGACGACGACGACGACGAGCUACUAGGUCACAAUAACAGCUCAGCAGGUAGUGUGGCCCACUAUACUGCUUCAAACAUCAGGCCCAGUCGUUCAGUUCCAGAAGAUGUUCAUGGAAGAGUUGCAGUUGGUCAGGAAGCUGGAUUCCCAACUCUCACCUUGCCAGCACUGAGCAAUCCUUCUAGUGAUCCAGAAGCGUCUCUCCAAGCCCCCUGUGGGACAAACCCUCCCAGCAUGGAAAGCAUAGGAAUGGUGUACAGCAUACCUAGUUCUUGCAACGGACCAACCGAGUCAACAUUCUCCAGUUCAUGGAAGGGAGAUGCUUUUACCUAUAUGACACCAAGUGCCACCAGCCAGAACAAUCAAGUUACUGAAAAUGGGGGAAAUCCUUCCUCUGGAAAUUCUUGGGUCUCUUUGCACACGCUGCCUCCUCUAAUUCCAAAGGAGGCUGCCAACCUCUUUGCCACUCAUGAAAACCUCGCAGGAGGUAGUGGGUUAUCUAGCUACUCUGAGCAACCUACUCAGCGAAGACAAGCUUCAGAACGACCAUCAAAGCCUGGCCUUCUGACAGGAGGUAUCCCAAGGCUGGAAACAGGCCCAGGUGGGGCUAACAGAUUCCGGGAACGGUCACUGUCUGUGCCCAUAGACUCGGGCACCACAGACGUGGACUGUGAUGAAAAUCAGAAGUCCAGUGAAGCAUGUGUCCUGCCUUCUGCCAGCACAGGUUCUGAGGGCAGUAAGAGUGCCGAUAAUAUCACCUCCCUUAGUUCCCAACACGAAGCCCAGCAUCGAAGACAGAGAUCCAAAAGUAUCUCACUCAAGAAGGCCAAAAAGAAGCCCUCUCCACCAACACGCAGUGUCUCACUGGUCAAAGAUGAACCUGUCCUCUUGCCAGAAGGUGAGUCAUCAGUUGCCAAGGACCAGAGACCAAGGAGCCUUUGCCUCUCUUUAGAACACCAAGGCCGUCACUCAUCACACCCAGAUGCUCAGGGUUGCUCAGCUGUGCCCACCUUCAAAGAUACAGAAGGUACACAUUUCUCUCACCACUGGUAUCUCACUGACUGGAAGUCUGGUGACACCUAUCAGUCCUUGUCCAGUUCUAGCACUGCUACUGGCACCACAGUCAUUGAGUGCACCCAGGUUCAGGGCAGCUCGGAGUCUCUGGCCUCCCCUUCCACUUCCAGAGCCACAACACCUUCGCAAAUCUCCAUUGAGGUAGAAGCCAGGGAGGUGUCCUCUCCAGGAAGGCCUACUGGGCUGAUGUCACCCUCCAGUGGAUACUCUAGUCAGUCUGAGACACCAACACCCACUGUCUCCAUGGCCUUGACUCUUGGCCACUUGCCCCCUGCAAGCAGCAAUGUCCGGGUGCGUCCAGUUGUACCUGAAAGGAAGUCCUCACUUCCCCCAACAUCCCCAGUGGAGAAAAUGUCCAAGUCGCGGCUAUCAUUUGACCUACCAUUGACCUCUUCAGCCAACCUGGACCUGUCUGGAAUGAAUAUCUCCAUCCGAAGCAAAACCAAGGUGAGCCGACAUCACUCAGAGACAAAUUUGGGGGCCAAACUGGCCCAGAAAACGAGUCCCAACCAACCAAUCAUGCCCAUGGUUACUCAGUCAGACCUCCGUUCUGUUCGCCUGAGGUCAGUCAGCAAAUCGGAGCCAGAAGAUGACAUUGAGAGCCCUGACUAUGCUGAGGAACCUGGAACAGAAGUCUUUACCUUGCCCGAGAGAAAACUAAAACCUCCCAUAGCUGAGAAGCCCUUGCUGAUCCGAAGGCCUCUGAGCUUGGUCCACAAGCCACCAUCUCUCCCUGAAGGUUACCCACUAACUUCUCCUCCCUUGACUAUGACCCCUAAGAGCUCAAUUCAACAUAUAAGGCCACUCCCUCAAGAUAUCUAUAUGGUGGUUCGGAAACCAAAGUCCCCCAACAUUCCUGAGGGUAAGAGUCCAGGGGAGUCAAGAGCAUCCUCAUCUCAUGUGUUCACGCCUUUUGCCAGUUCCACUGGUGCUUUCUUCUCAGGAACACAGCAACUUCCCCAAGGAAGUAGGGAGGAUGAGGGGCCCAAAGUGAGAACCCUGCCUGAAAGAAUUAACCUCCAGAGUCAGGAAGAAGCUGAGAAAAAGAAAAGCAAGAUUCCACCUCCUGUCCCCAAAAAGCCCAGCGUGCUGUACCUGCCUCUCACUUCCCCUCCAGCACAAAUUGAAGCCUACAUGGUUGAGUCAAGGCUGCCUCUCAGCCCCAUCAUCACUCUGGAGGAAGAGGCCAAGUGUCUACCUUCUGGCAACCACCUGCAAUCCCCUCCUGCAAGGACAACUUUAACACCACAGACUGAUGACGAAAGGGAUGCAAGCCCUCUGGGUAAUUCUAUGGAGUCAAGCUCAGAAGAAAAAAGUUUAAUCAGUGAUAAAACAGCUGAAUGGAUUGUGGAAGAUGAUGAUGAGGUGUUUGUGGCUUCACGUACAACUGAAGAUUUAUUUACUGUGAUACACAGGUCCAAAAGAAAGUUGCUGGGCUGGAAGGAGCCCGGGGAGGCCUUUACUGGCAGCAAGCCAAGCUCCCACUCACCAAUCAGGAACAUAGAGGAUGCACCCACCACUGAGCAAACUGCCUCUGCGGGGUCAAGCAGCGGUGCCAGCUUAGAUGCUGGCAGAAAUGAUGAUUUCAAGGCUUUGCUGCAGAAGAAGGGAAGCAAGACAACUCCAAGGUCUCGCCCCUCGGCAGCAGAACUGCUGAAGACCACUAAUCCACUGGCUCGGCGAAUUAUUGCACAAUUUUCAAAAGACUACAAAACCACAGAUAACCCCAAUACUUAAGCUCUCCGGGUUCCAGCAAGCAGGGUUUACUUACUAAACUUGAGUAGAGAAGGGAGAAGAGAAAGGGGUUUAAAAGAACUUUCGAAAUCACUAGAAAGGCUACAUUUAUUUUACAUUAAGUUUUACUUGGACAGAGAAGGCCACCUCAUCUAGUACUGAACUCACCAGGCACUUUAAUCAUCUUCAGACAUUUUACAUUUUCAUAUUUAGAGUCUUGCCAUUGCUGACUACCAUUUUCCUCCUCCUUUUCCUCUUCUCUGCCUCCUCCUAUUCCUCUUCCU